GAAUUCACUUCAAUCAAAAAAACCUAAUCUUCUAUUCACUUUGACGACAAUCACUCUACGCUUCUCUGUGGUUCACCUCUUGUAGUUUGUGCUGUCAGUUUAGAAUUUUAAAUUUGGUCAUUGUGUGCAGUUGUUAUUUUUUGUCAAGUAAUGCUUUGUUUUAUUGGAUCUCUAACUCAGAGUGCUUGGAGAAAUUAAUGCAAUGGCAGCCAGUAGCAAAUUUGAUCCAUCUUCUGGUAAUACUGAUAGGCCAACUUACCCUAGCAUGCAGCGUGGGAUGUACACAGCUGGUUCUCUGGACAGAUCAGGUAGCUUCCGUGAGGGCAUGGAUAAUCGAAUCCUUUCAACAUUACCUAGUAUGUCAAGAAGUUCUUCAGUAACUCAAGGGGAUGUGAUGAAUUUCUUCCAUGGCUUGCCUUUCAAUACAAAAUUGAUGGCACCAGACCAUAGGUUUCCCAGACAAGGGGAAGUUAAAAGAAUCAUUACUUCUGCCCUUGGUGUUUCAGUAGAUGAUCCUCCAUCUCUAUCUUUAAAUGGCAAGCCAUCACCUGCCUCCUCACUCGAGGAGCUCAAAAAGGUGAAGAUUAAUAUCAGUGAGAGUUCCAACAGGGCAAGGGAACGAGUGAAAUCCUUGGAAGAAAUUCUAUCCAAAUUUGACAAGUCCUUCCCAAGCAUCUCAGCAAGGAAGCGAUCUCGAGUAGAUAUCUCAUUGAGUGACCGAUCCACUGCAUCAUUACCAUGUGAUCGAGCAGUCCUUGGAGGAAACAUGGCUAAGUUGGGAACCCAGAAUCAUGUGAUGACAAGUAAUUUUGAUAUUGAUCCACAGAAGCUAGAAGAAAGAAGUCAAAAAACCAAAGGUGCUGUACCUAAUAGACGAAUCCGGACCUCUAUGGUGGAUGUGCGGAUGGAUGUGCGGGCUAAUGAUAUUGGCAGGCCACCUGUGGCCCUGGAUAAGGAUAAAGAAACAUUCAGAUUUGCCAAUAACGGUGCAGUGCCAUCUGAAGAAAAAGAUCGGACAUUAACUAUUGGUGUGGAUGGUUGGGAAAAGUCAAAGAUGAGAAAGAAACGCUCUGGGAUAAAGUCGGAUGCUUCUACAGGUACAGUGCUGGCAAAACAUGUAGAUGGAGAUCGGGAAUCCAAAUGGACCGUGCAGCAAAGGCUUCUUACUGAUGUGCGACCAAAGCUGAGUAAUGCUCAUGGUUUCAGGUCUUCCCCUGCUAUUGGAGCCUCUGGAGGUGGAAAAGUAGAUAUGACCUCUCAACAAAAUGGCCUUGGAUUUCGUUCUUCCUCUGCUCGGACUGAUCAGGAUAAUGGCUCCCUUCCCAAUGAUAGAAGGGAUCGCGCUCUUGGUUCUGAAAAGGAAAGGAUCAAUCUCAAAUCUGUUAAUAGACCAAAUGUGCAUGAAGAUAUUGUUAGUUCAGGUGGUCCCACUUCAAUUACAAAAUUGACUGCAUCUGCCAGGGCACCACGAUCAGGUUCGUGUAUGAUACCCAAGUCGUCCCCUAGUGCCCAUCGAGCAAUUGGAGUUCCUGAUGAAUGGGAGCUUUCACAAUGUAUGAACAAGGUCCCAGCUGUUGUUGGGGCUAGCAAUAGGAAACGCCCCCCAUCAACUCGUUCUUCAUCACCACCUGUAGCACAAUGGGCUGGGCAAAGGGCACAAAAGAUGUCUCGUGGUGCACGAAGAACAAAUCUUGUUCAUCCUGUUCCAGUCCAGGAUGAGACCCCAACUUCAGAUACAGUAUCCCAUGCUGCUGGUAAUGGAAAUGGACUGGGACUCCCAAGACGCUUGUCCAGUAAUGCUUCUCAGCAAGUUAAAGUAAAAGGUGACCUUUUGUCUUCAGUUGCAUUAUCAGAAAGUGAAGAGUCAGGAGUUGCUGAAACCAAAUCCAGAGACAAGGGAAAAAAGUCUGGUGAGACAGAGGAGAGAACUGGACAGAAUGUUCAAAAGGUUUCUACUCUAGUAUUGCCAUCAAGAAAGAAUAAGGUAUCCAAUAAUGAAGAACUUGGAGAUGGCCUUCGGAAACAAGAAAGAACUGCACGGGGUUUCACUUCAACAAGGUCUAGCAUGCCAAUGACAGAUGAGAAGCUUGACAAUGUGGUCACUGCAAAACAGCUCAGGAGUACAAGGCUUGGUCUUGAAAAGACUGACAGUAAAGCAGGCCGUCCACCUACUAAGAAGCUGUCUGACCGUAAGGCAUAUAAAAGACCCAGACUUGCCGUGAAUGGUGGAGCUUCUAAUUUUCAUGGAGAACUGGAUGAUGGUCAUGAAGAACUAAUGGCUGCCGCAAAAGCUGCUAUAAAUCCCACCCAUGCUUGUUCCAAUUCAUUCUGGAGACAAAUGGAGCCACUCUUUGGUUUUGUGUUAGCUGAAGAUGUUGUUUAUUUGAAGCAGCAAAUUUCCCGUAUCAAUAAAUCUGCCAUGGAUAUGAAUGUCAAUCCUGGUCAAAACUUGAAGGUUGAUUUUGGAAUUAGUUUGCUGGAACCAACUAUGAGUGCUGUUGGUCAAGAUGAUUGUGGUGCUGUCCUGAAUGGACUUGGAUCGAUUGAAUGUGAGAGAGAUAAGGAGCUCACAAGUGAAAUAAAGCCCGAUGAAUAUUUGUCAGAGCAGUUAUUUUCGGGAAAAGAUCAUAAUGUGAUUCCACUAUGCGAAAGGCUCAUUGCAGCUCUAAUUUCGGAGGAAGAGGAUGAAGGAUUUUGUUCUAGAGGAGAUGAAGACCUCAAUUUCAAUAUAUAUGGAACUAGCUCUGAGCUGGAUGAAGAGUUCAAAUCCAACAGUACUGAAUUGGGAAACUUUCAAACAGUUGCCCGAGCUACUUCAAAUGGCUAUAGGAUAAGGGCCACUCGGAGAUGCCAUGACCAGAUGGAACAUGGUGACCUGGGAGAUGUUGAUGUACUGGCAGAUACAACUUCUGGAAUAGUCUCAAACUUCCGACAUUCUUUAAAUGGCCUCCAACCAGACCACGCAGUGAUGCCUGUCAAGGCUUGUUCAGAACUUCAGUAUGAGAAGAUGACCUUGAAUGAACGGCUUCUACUAGAGCUUCAGAGCAUUGGCAUUUUCCCUGAACCAGUGCCUGACUUAGCACCGCGAGAAGAUGAUGAGAUCAGUGAUGAAAUUAGCACACACCGGGAGAAACUUCAAGAUCUGGUUAACAAGAAGAAGACAUUACUUCUUGGGCUGGAAAGUUGUGUCUCAAAGGAGAGAGAAUCCCAAGAAAGAGAGAUUGAGCGUAACGCCCUUGACAAACUUGUUGGUAUGGCUUAUGACAAAUAUAUGGCUUGUUGGGGCCCUAAUGCAUCUGGUGGAAGGGGUUCAAGUGGCAAAAUGGCUAAGCUUGCUGCCUUAUCUUUUGUUAAACGAACACUAGAACGAUGCCAGAAUUAUGAAGAUGCCGGCAAGAGCUGCUUUAACGAGCUUGUAUUCAAAGAUUUGUUUCAUUCUGUGACUUCCUGCCCCAAUGAUGCAGAAUUCAUAGAUACAAGGACUGGGGGGGAACCUGCCAAUCCUUGUGCUGAUACUCAUUCCCUAUAUUCAGAAGUUAGGGUUUCAGAUUCUGUGGGUUUGCAUCAGACCCCUUCUGCAACUUCACGCUUAAGGCAGAACUUAGAUGCCUGUGAGAAGAAUCCUUGUGAUGUGUUUGGGUCUGGAAAUCACUUAUCUGAAUCAACUACUGGUAAAGAAGAAACAUGGAUGAGUAGGGCCAAAAAGAGGGAGCUAUUGCUGGAUGAACUUGUCGGCGGGCCUGGUGGUUCUUCUCUGAGAGCACCAUCAGUUGUUGGGAGUGCUCGUGUAAGCGGUACAAAAGGAAAGAGGAGUGAGAGAGAGAAGGAGGGAAAGGGGCACAACAGAGAUAUGUCCUCUAGAAAUGGCAUUGGUAAAAUUGGUCGACCAUCUUUAGGCAAUGUCAAAGGCGAAAGGAAGGCGAAAACAAAGCCUAAGCAGAAGACAACUCAUUUAUCUGCUUCUGCCAAUGGUCUUCUUGGUAAGGCUUCAGAGCCACCAAAAGCUGUAUUGCCUCCAGUCCCGAAAUCGUGUGAGAUGGCCAGUGAUAGCAAUAUCAAAAAAAAUGACGAGUUGGCUUUGGAGACUUUGAAUGACACUGAAGGCAUUGAUUUUUCAAACCUGCAGCUACCUGGAAUGGAUGUACUUGGUGGGCAAGGCCAAGAUCUUGGUUCAUGGUUGAAUAUUGAUGAUGAUGGAUUGCAAGACGAUGAUAUUAUGGGCCUUGAGAUUCCAAUGGAUGAUCUUUUCGACGUAAACAUGAUCAUGUAAAUUGCCCUCUGUAUAUUUUUGUGAAAUAUACAAAGAUAAUAUAUACCAUUCAAACAAAGUAUAGGUACCAUUGUAAAGAAAAGUUUGGUUACAUUGAUGGCCAUUUUUGCAGCCA